AUGGAGACGAACGGGCUCGACGACCUCUACAAGCACCACCAGUUCAAGCCGUCCAAGGAGGACGCCGUGACAUACUUCCUGCCGCGCCUCCUCGCCGGCUCGCCGCUGCCGCACGGCGCCGACGGGCUCAUCUACCACGCCGACAUCUACGCCUGCGAGCCCAAGGACCUCGCCGCCGAGUACGCGCCCGUGCCCUCCGCCGCUCGCACCGGCGACCGCUUCUUCUUCACCACCUGCAAGCGCAAGAGCGGGAACGACGCCCGGGCCACGCGCGUCGCCGGCGCCGGCACCUGGGCCGUGCAGAAGACGGAGAACGUCUACGGCCACGAGGGCGUCAAGGUCGGCGAGGUCAAGCACCUGUCGUUCAAGAAAGGCAAGGCCAGCACCGGUUGGGUCAUGGAGGAGUUCCGGUGCCUGCGGCCAGAGGCCGUCGUCGCCGACGGGGAGAAGGUGCUCUGCAAGAUUCAUCUCGCUCCCAACGCGUGCGCCGCCGCCCGCCAAGAAUCCGACGCCUACUGGCAGUCAGAGAAGAGGCCAGCGCCUGUUGCCGCCGCCGCCGAUCCGCCAUGCUCAAAGAAGAUGCGGAUGGCAGCGCCCGUCGCGGAUUGCCCGGUGUGGGUCACGCCUGCCGCGAGCAAGAUGUGGACGUCCGUCGGCGCUCCCGUCCCAGUCCAAGCACCUGAGGAGGUGGAGUACGAGCAUUCCCCGGUGUGCUUCACGUCCGCCGCACCCGUUUCCUUGCCCCACGCGCCUGAAGCUGACGACGCCAUGGGCCGGAUGUCUUGCACAAUGGAAGAGCUUCUCGGGGACCAAACUCUCCCCGUGGAACCUGACGACUUCGACUGGGAAUCCCUUGACAAGGAAUCAGAGGAACUGCUGCUAAGGCCUUGGGAUGAUGACUGGGAACCGGAGGUGCAGGAGGAGCAGCAAACUCCCCCGAUCGAGUCUGAGAACAACAACAUCGAACAGAUCCACACGGACCAGCCUGCGCCAUCAGCUGACUGGGAUCUUUCAGAGGAGCUGCGGAGCAUUUUGGCCGAGCAUGACGAUGAAGAAGCAGCGCUCUACAAGAAGUGCAAUUACAGUACCGCGGCGGUCGAUCUUCAGAGACACAACCAUUUCUUCUCGUUUGCAGCUAUCAAUUAG